AUUUUUCCUUUCAUGUAUGAAAGGCGAAAAAUCUCACCUGUAAUUCUGUUUUCCAAUAGAUAUUUUGUCUGUAACGGCAUGUACGUAGUUGAUGUGUUCUAUCUUUUCUGUGCAAUUUGUCCGAUUAUGGUAGCUUUAGAACUGUUGUACUUGAAAAAGUAUCAGAAACAGUAUAAGCCAUUGUUUUAGUUUUUUUGCCAAGGACCAUUGCUUUAGUUGAAGCCAGUUAAGAUAAGACCCAAAACAUUUUCGAUAUGCAUGACAAAAAGUUGAUUUUCCAACAGUAUAAUGUAUAUAGCAAAUGGUAUAUAACAGAAAGAUUAAGACACAAGGAGACAGGGAUCAUUACUCUCAUCUAUCAGGUCAUUGGUGAAAGGCAUUGGAGAUGUGAUGACAUUGUAAUUAACCGUCACAGUUCUAAGGAGUCCAGAUCCUUGUCAGGAUCGGAAGAUGUUCUUUACAUAGCAUCCAUAUUAUUAUUCUACUAGAUGAUAACGAGUUCUUAUAAUAAAGUUUGUUUAUGAAAUGAUUUUAAUAUUUUGCAACACUAUAAUUUUUAUCGAUCAUAAAAUGAUGAAUACAAAUGUUAGUCUCUUAAAUAUAUAUCGUUGUUGAAGAGUUAAUGUAUUACAUCUCAUUUUAAUUAUUUUAAGACUUUAUAUGCACAAAAAGAAAUUAAGUUUUACGGCUGACACAAAUCACCAAAACCAAAUAUGCAAUAUCGAUUGUAUAAUGACAAAAGGGAAUUAGGUUUUUUGCUUUCGAUUUGUUUACUAUUGACUCUGCAUAAGUGAUUUCAUUUUCUACUUCUAUAAAAAAUGUCUUUCGUUCUCGUAUUUGUUUCAUUGAUAUGAGUUAAGUUUCUUUUUUUUUUUUAACUUCUUUUAUGAUUUCAAAACUGCUUUUAUUAAAUGAUAAAAAAUAUAAAACUUAUGUAAAAGGAAAAAUAUAUAUUUGCAUUUAAGAAACGAAGAAAAUUAAAUUUUAGUUACUUAAAAUUUAAAAUAAUAUAUGCAAAUUACUAUAUAUUAUAAAUAAAGUAUUACAUAUUUAACCAUACAAAAAUUAAUUUCUGACAACGUAAUAUAGUAUUAGAGACAUCUAAAUAAAAUCAAUUAUCUCUAGAAAGAAAUUAGGGUUUUGGGGUCCCCUCUCUCUCUAUCUCUCUCGCUCUCUCGGUGAUUGCUUUUAGGGAGAUGACUUCCAACGUUAGGAGAAAGAAUAAGCAAUCUCUGAUUAUGUCACUUCCCGAAGACGUCAUCUUUGACAUCUUAGCGCGUGUACCAAGGUGCGAGUAUCCGACACUCUCCCUCGUUUCCAAGCAGCUCCGAUCACUUGUCACGUCACCUGAGAUAUACGUGAGACGAUCCUUGUUGCGAGUCACCGAACCGUGCUUCUACGCUCUCUUUUAUGAUUCACGAUCCCGUAACUGCCGUUGGCAUAUUAUCCACCGGAAGGCCAACGGCAAUCGCUGCUUGGUCCUUAUCCAGUCGCUUCCGGCUAUGAAUAAUGUUGCAAGCUUUGUCGCGGUGGACUCUAGAAUAUAUGUGUUUGGUGGGAGUGAUGAUCAUACAAAAUAUUAUGCUUUAAGCAUCGACUGUAGAUUUCACACUGUGGAACACCUCCCUAAAAUGCCUGUGCCCAUGUCUAAUACAAUCGCCGACAUCAUCGAUGGGAGAAUCUACGUAAUUGGAGACCACUACUACGACAAGUCGAAGAAGGUGAUGUUGGUGUUUAAUACAGAAACACAACUGUGGGAACAUGGUACGAUAAAGCCAAACAUUGAGUUCGGUUACUCGCCCCCUAGUAGUUGUGUGGCGAUGGCUGAUAAGAUAUUGUACAUUAACGAUUAUCAUAAAAGCUAUGUUUACGAGCCAAAGAAGAGUAAAUGGGAAAAGGAAGAGAUGCUGAGUUCUAACAAGUGGAGAAAUGCCUGCGUGGUUGAUAACAUAUUGUACUAUUACGAUUAUUAUCGUGGGCACAAGUUAAGAACGUAUGAUUCAAAGCAGAGGUACUGGGGAGCGGUGAAAGGUUUGGAUUUGGAAGAGUUGGUGCCUGAAAGAAAUCCACAUUGGAUAGACACUGUGAGUAGUUACAGUGGGAAACUGGCUUUGAUUUUUACUUACGAAGGCCGGACACCAUAUUACCUCUGGAGUGCGGAGAUUUCGCUAGAAAGACGUCAAGGAGGGGAGAUUUUGGGUAAAGUUGAGUGGUGUGAUGAGGUUCCAGUUGCUGAUAAUUUAUUACAAGUGUUGAGAUUUCUAGCUGUUAUGGUUUGAUGCAUGAAUCUUUUUUUUUUUUUGUAUAACUUGUGUUUUGUUUGUUUUGUCCCGAUGACUAAAUGAGUUUUCUUUUCGUUGUCCUAUAACUCAUUUUGCUGAUCUCUUUGCCGAUUAUGAUUCUCUAAUGUAUGUGGUAGUAUCCAUAAUGAAAAGGAAGGUAUGGAGGUUUAUAACUGUUGUAUUUGAUAAAGUAGACACAAAAAAAAAGUAGACCAGAAAAAAACUUGGUCUCCUGCCGCACUGAUGAUGGACUGCCUUCAUCCACACCUCUAAUGCCUUUCGGCCCUUUCCCCAUGACCUGAUAGGUGAGGGUAAUAAUCCUUUCUCUUUGCAACCAUAGUUUUUCUGUUAUACCCGUCUACUUAUACUGUUGGAAGUUCAACUUUUUGUCAAGCAUAUCGAAUUAUUCUAUUUCAAAACUGUUUUUAUUAAAUGAUAAAGGUAUAUAAUUAUUUAAAGGAAUAUAUAUAUAUAUAUAUAUAUAUAUAUAUAUAUAUAUAUUUUUUGCAUUUAAGAAAAUAAGAAAAGUAAAAUUUUAGUAACUUAAAUUAAAAACAAUAUA